AUGGCAAGCAAAAUCAACUUAAAUAGUGAAGAAGUAGGAAGCGAUUGCUAAGGUUCUGUUUAUAAAAACAUUCAAGAAAUGUGGGAUACUGAAUUAAGCAAUAAAGAUACUGGUAGUGUUAUUAACAAAAUUGGUUCAAAAGACAAUUGGUAUUCAAAACAAGCACAAUAUUGGGAAAAAACAGAAGCUACAGUUGAAGGUGUUCUUGGUGGUUUUGGAAAACUUCAUAAGCCUGAUAUCACUGACUCAAGAAAAUUAUUAGAAUUAUUGCAUGACAAAUAUGAUUUAAACUAUGGAAGAGUUAUUGACUGCGGAGCUGGCAUGGGGAGAAUUACUAAAGAGUUUCUUCUCCACUUUUUUAAAAAUGCAGACGUUGUUGACCAAAAUCCUAAGUACAUCGAAGCAUGCAAAUAAAACUUUAAGGAUGAUAAAAGAGUUGUUCAUUUCAUAGCUAAAGGUCUUUAGGAGCUUGAGUUUCCUGAAAAAUACGAUUGCAUUUGGAUUUAGUGGGUUUGCAAUUAUUUGACCGAUGAAGAUUUUGUUAAAUUCUUGAAGAGAUGCUCUGAAGCUCUUGUUUAAAAUGGAUUUAUUAUAGUCAAAGAAAAUAUUGCAUAAAAAGGAUUUAUUGUUGAUAAAGAGGAUAGCAGUGUCACAAGAUCAGAUAAGCUCUUUUUAGAUGUUUUCAAAUAAGCAGACUUGAAGGUUGUGGAGACUUAAAUGCAAUCUAAUUUCCCAAAAGAGUUAUUUAAGGUCAAAACUUAUGCUCUUGUUCCUGCAUAAAAAAAAUAGGAUGAAAAAAUGAUGGAGGAAACUGAAGAAAAAACAGCUUGA